AUGACAACUCUGAGCGAUCUCCCUGAUCAUCUCCUCCUGUGCCAAAUCUUCACCCGCCUUCCAGUGAAGUUCCUAAUCGUCCUCACCAGCGUCUGCAAGUCCUGGCUGGCAUUGAUCUCGUCUCGAUUCUUCGUCGAAGCUCAUCUCUCUCGGUUUCAUAUGAAUCCAGAUAACCAUCAGCUUCUUCUCCACCACCCUUUCAGUAGAAAUAUCAUCAUUUCACCAGUCAAUUUCUUUGGAAACCCUCACAGUUCUAUGAUCCCAAUUCCUGCAACUGAAGACCUAAUUGAUACAAGUGGUUCGGGCAUCUCAAGGAAUUUGUGGUCGUCAAGUCAAGAUUUUCUGAAUUCGAUGCAUACAUUUGUGGGAUCCGUUAACGGGCUCGUAUGUUCCUCUAGACCACCUCUCAGGCCUACUAAUGUGACUAUUUGGAACCCUGCAACUCAUAGAUGUAAGAAUAUCUCGGUGCCCCGUAUUGAUAUUAAAUAUGUGUGGAGCAUCCUAGUUGGUUUUGGAUUCAAUUUUGUUGUAAAUGAUUAUAAGAUUGUCUGCAUCUAUGAACUUGGACUUGAGCUGCAGAAUCCGUCAUAUAGGUUUCGAUUGUAUUCAUGUAAGGAUAAUUCUUGGAAAGAAUUGAAGCCUAAUUUUCCAUUGCAAUUGAUUUUUGUUGAGUGCGUGGUUGUCAAGGCGAAUCCUUACUGGAUGUGUCUUUGUAAUCAACGUCGGAAUGAAUUCUGGGUGAAAGUUGACGUUAAAACUGAGGAAAUCCAAAUGUUCAAGGGGCCUGAGUAUGUUAAGAAAGACACUACUUCUAGCUCUAAUAUGGCGCUAGGUGAUUUUGUUGCACAGGCAGUGUGUUCACCUGGUGCUCAAGCAAAUGACAUGAUUCAUAUUUACACUCUCGAGGAAAAUGCCGGUGUUUGGAUGAGGAUGUACAGCUUUGGAUUACCUGGGGUGCAGAGGCCUGUGAGACUUAAGUGCUUUAAAAAUGGUAAAAUAGUUUUUACAAACGGCAAUCAGAAUAAGUUGUACAUGUACGACUUGACAAGUGGCAAAGUUAAGACUCUUAUGGUCGCACAAGGUAGGGACAUGAUUCACAUGCCCAUGAAUUACACUGAGAGUCUUGUUUCUAUUGAGGGGAUGGUGAGUGUUGGAGAAGGAGCUGUCAAAGAAGAGAGACAGGAGGCAGCUCCACUCGCUGCAACUAAUAGGAAUGCUUCGAAUGCUAUGAUGUCAGACAAUAUGGACUGAGUCUCUCAAAAAAUUGUUGCCGUGUGUUUUUGGCUUUCUGUGAAAGUAAGGAAAGACAAUGACUUGGAGAAAUCUUGUUAUAUGCACAACAGUUGAUGGUUGUAUAAUAAUUAAAAAAAAUCUGUAUUGGAGCCCUCGACUUCUUUUAUUGUUAUUGUAAUUUUGUUAUUAAUUCAGAAUGUUCUUUGAUAGUUAUA